AUGUGCUCAGGGACGGGGAGCCUCGACGAGAAGAUCCACCAGCCCCCACAGUCACAUCUGUCGGGCCGAGGAACCCUCUCGGACGAGCACGCCGGCGUCAUCUCCGUCCUCGCCCAGCAGGCAGCCAAGCUCACCUCUGACCCGACCGAUACGCCCGUGGUGUGCCUGGAGUCGGACAGCGGGAAUAUCAUGAUCCAGAAGCACGACAGCAUCACUGUAGCAGUGCACAAGCUGGCAUCCUGA